UUUGGUUUGAAAUUUUCAAUUGGUUUAUCAUGUUUCGAUAGCCCUUAUCAGACAUUGAUUCGAGUUCAGUUUAUCAUUUCGAAGGAAUAUACAAAAGUGGAAGCUGCAAACGAUUCACACGUUAAAUCGCACGUAGUUUAAAGUGUUAGGUAACGAUGGGCAGCCGCUUAGUGGAGCUUAUUAUAUUUGCUGUUGUGGUCGGCACGGUAUUCGUUGAAACAUCAGCACAAUGCAUGUUUCUGGAAGAUGAAUAUUACGGAUACCAUUGCUAUCUGGAGUAUGUGAAUGCUACGAACGUUUCCGACAUUGUUGACCUAUCGGGUGAACAUGUCGGUGGUAGAUCGAACGCACAUGUAGAAACAGUCCUCGUUUCACCAACAGCUAUUCUAGAGGUGAUACCAUCGAACAUCUUUACCACUUUUUUGAAUCUGGAACGGUUUUACUGCAACGCGAAUUAUCUGCAACGAAUCGACAUUCCGUUCUGUGGACCACGCAUGAGGAGUUUUCAAGCGAACCUAAAUUCGGUGGAAGUCUUACAAGAUGGAGCUUUCCGAGGAUGUCGUUCCUUAGAGCAGCUCACAAUUAUUCUGUCUGGCCUUCAACGGAUCGAACCGAAUGCCUUUACCGGACUGACACAGCUACGUGAGAUCAUAAUUUUCGGAAAUCCUCUACAAGAGCUUAAUGGUCAUUUGUUCCGCGAGCAACACCAACUGGAGCUUGUAAGGUUCGAUCAAGGUGGUUUAACGACGAUCCACCCGGGAACGUUUCAGUGUAAAGAACUUGUGGUUGAAUUGGACUUGAGUGUUAACCGACUCGAAAGAAUUGAAGCGGGAACAUUCACAAACCUGUUGCGUCUGCGAACGUUGAAUUUGGGAACGAACAACAUUCAGGUCAUUGAGGAAGGAGCCUUCGCAAAUUUGCCAUUACUCGAAAGGUUGGAAUUGGUCGAAAACCAGAUUGCAGUUCUUGACUCAAAUCUGUUCGGAACAACGUUUCAGAAUCUGAACUAUUUGGGAGUCGGUUCGAACCGGUUAAAUGCUGUUGAUAGGCAAGUGUUUCGCCGAUUUCCGGGUCUGAUGUCGUUCUUCGGUGCGGGGAAUGUCUGUUUCUCGCAAAACUUUGACGACAUUGGUUCCAUUGAGAAUGAUGUGGCGCCAUAUUUGGAAACUUGUUUCAUAAACUUCGACGAAUUGUAAAUUGGAUUAAAAUAAAAAGUUUUUAGAUUUCUUAA